AUGGCGACCAAGCAGAUGGAGCCGGUCACUAUCAUUAGCCUUCGGAAGCUGAGCCCGGAGACCCCAGAGACCCAGCCAAAAGAGUCAAAGACAUUCACCGUGGAAGAUGCCGUGGAGACCAUUGGAUUUGGACGUUUCCACAUUGCCCUGUUUCUGAUCAUGGGCAGCACUGGGGUUGUCGAGGCCAUGGAGAUCAUGUUAAUAGCAGUCGUGUCUCCUGUCAUCCGCUGUGAAUGGCAGCUGGAGAAUUGGCAGGUGGCUUUGGUGACCACGAUGGUGUUUUUUGGCUACAUGAUAUUCAGCAUCCUCUUUGGCCUACUUGCUGACAGAUAUGGCCGCUGGAAGAUUUUGCUCAUCUCGUUCCUGUGGGGAGCCUACUUCUCCUUGCUGACCUCUUUCUCUCCGUCCUACAUCUGGUUUGUCUUCCUGCGGACAAUGGUGGGCUGUGGUGUGUCUGGCCAUGCACAAGGGCUAAUCAUAAAGACUGAAUUUUUGCCUACAAAAUAUCGAGGCUACAUGCUCCCCUUGUCUCAGGUUUUCUGGCUGGCUGGCUCCCUGCUUAUCAUCGGCCUGGCCUCUGUGGUCAUCCCCACCAUUGGGUGGCGGUGGCUCAUCCGCAUCGCCUCCAUUCCUGGCAUCAUCCUCAUCUUGGCCUUCAAGUUUAUUCCCGAGUCCGCUCGCUUCAAUGUCUCCACUGGGAACACUCAGGCUGCCCUCGCCACCCUGCAGCGCAUCGCCAGGAUGAACCGCUCAGUCAUGCCGGAGGGGAAGCUGGUGGAACCCAUCCUGGAAAAAAGAGGAAGAUUUGCAGACCUAUUGGAUGCUAAAUAUUUACGGACCACGUUACAGAUCUGGGUCAUAUGGCUGGGAAUCUCUUUCGCCUACUACGGCGUCAUCCUGGCCAGCGCCGAGCUGCUGGAGCGGGACCUGGUGUGUGGCUCGCGGUCCGAGUCCGAGUCCGCGGUGGCCGUAACCCUGCCGGACACAGAGGAGAGCCACAGCCCCUGCCACUGCCACGUGUUUGCUCCCUCCGACUACCGGACCAUGAUUAUCAGCACCGUUGGCGAAAUUGCUCUGAAUCCUUUCAAUAUCCUGGGCAUCAAUUUCCUGGGAAGACGGCUGAGCCUUUCUAUCACCAUGGGAUGCACAGCCUUAUUCUUCCUCCUCCUCAACAUUUGCACAUCAAGCUCUGGCCUGACAGGCUUCCUCUUCAUGCUGAGGGCUUUGGUGGCAGCCAACUUCAACACCAUCUACAUUUACACUGCUGAGGUCUACCCCACGAUGAUACGCGCUUUGGGGAUGGGGACCAGUGGUUCCCUGUGUCGGAUUGGUGCGAUGGUGGCACCGUUUAUAUCCCAGGUUCUUAUGAGUGCAUCAUUCCUGGGGGCCCUGUGUCUUUUCUCAUCAGUCUGUGUUGUAUGUGCCAUUUCUGCAUUUACUCUCCCCAUUGAGACCAAAGGACGGGCCCUGCAGCAAAUUAAAUGAAGACCUGUAAACCAAUGUCUACUGGAGAAGAAAAAUGCAUUUUAUCUUUACAAAGAGCUGUGGCACAUUUUUAAAAACUUGGUUUAAUUUCUGUAUACUACUUGGUAAUACUACAUACAGAAGCUGAUGAUGUAUUUUUGAAAAAUAAGGCACAUGAGAAUGAGGUGGGUAAACUUUAUAUUGAUGUCCUUCUUCGGAGACUAUAGAGAACUUCUAUAAAAAUAUAUUUUUAAGAUUGGAAAGGUUUCUAUGGGAGAUGGCUAGGGGGAAGGUAGCUUUUCUUUGACAUCAAGUCUGUUAAAGUUUCUUAGAGAAAAUGCAUAUAUACUUGAUAUUUUCCCAUGAGGUUUGUAGCAAAA